UAGAAAAAAUAAUUUAUUAAAUUUAAAAAAUAAUUAAAUUUAAAUAUUUUUUUUUAACCCGCUGUUCUGAUCUUGGCGUAAAUACCAAUAUAUACUUAUUUAAUAUCAGAAUAUUCUUUAAUAUAUAUUUUUAUUCGUGUGGAAUCAACAUGUAUUACCGUAGCAAAGGAAUGAAAAUAUAGCAUUCAUUCAAGAAACUGGAGUUUGAUAACAAUUAAUAAUUGGCCAUCGACUUUACGAUACAGAUUUAAAAAAAACAGGUAAUCUCAUAUGAUCCACCUAUAACCCCCCCUUACUUAUCUUAUGUUUUAUCAACUACUAUUUGAUAGAUAUCAUCUGUACAUUCACCAAAGAUGUAAUUCGGAUCUCAAAAUACUUACCAUUACAUUUUAAAUAAAGAUUUUUAAAUCUAUCUUAUUUCUUUUUUGACAAAAAUGACCGAAACGACAGAUUAUGAAGAUUAUUAUCCGUCAUAUUCCUCUACUAAUGAUUCGUCCCAAUUGCAUUUUGACUUCAAAAUUCCUUUAUUGGAACUCAUUCCGAUUACCUUGGCUUACAGUUUGACCUUCGUGAUAGGACUCGUGGGAAAUAUUUUAGUGAUAUUCUGCGUGACUAAAUUUCGUAAAAUGAGAAGUUUGACCAAUAUUUUCUUGACCAGCUUAGCAACGGCCGAUCUCUUAAUCAUUUGCAUAUGUGUGCCUAUAAAGCUAAUAGCUUUUCUCUCAUAUACCUGGACUAUGGGCAAAUUUCUUUGCAAAUUCGUGCAUUACAUGCAAAAUGUUUCCGUAAUCUGUUCAGUAUUAACACUUACAACUAUGAGCGUUGAAAGAUAUUUGGCGAUAAUAUAUCCACUCAAGGUCAAAAUAUUUUCUACGUUGUACCAAGCUAAAAUGUUAAUCACUUCGGUAUGGGUAAUUUCGUUCAUUUUAGCCACUCCUAUCCUUGUUGGAAGACAACAUAUAGAAGUGGGAGAGGUCAGGAAAGGAUAUUGGUGCAUCAAAGAAUGGCCCAAUAGGGAAUAUUCCAUUGCCUACGAAAUAUUUCAAUUAUGCCUCUUGCUACUAUUCCCGGUAAUUAUCAUGAGUUUCGCCUAUGUCAGUAUUGCCAGAGAGCUGAAAAAUGUUAGGAAGCAAAGACAUUCAUUCCAAAAUCUACAUGUUGAUCAAAGGAACGAAAGGCCGCUGAAUACUAACCAAUUAAAUAAAAAUUCAAACUUCGAUGAAAAAUUCAUACACAAACAGAUUACCAAAAUGUUAAUAGUAGUCAUCGGCCUUUACGUUAUGUGUUGGAGCCCCAUAUUGAUAAACAAUUUGCUGGCAGCCCUACACAUUAUUCCACAACUCCACAUGGGUAUCUGGAAAAAUAUUCGCCCAUUUCUUUUCCUCUUAUCUUAUGUCAAUAGUUGCCUUAACCCCGUGGUUUACGCAUUUAUAUCCAAAAGCUUUAGACAUAGUUUCAAAAUGGCAGUCAUCACAUGUUUCAAAGGUCGACGUAAGGCGUAUUUGCUCCAACAACGUCAAAAUCAGGCUAACUGUUAUUACACUAAUAAUUAUGCGACAACGAAUUUCGCCAAAAACAGUAUUUGCAGGUGGAAUAAUAAUUCUACCAAAACUAAGUUUGUGGCUAAUACCGUGAAUAAAUCUCGCAAUAAUCAUAAUUUUAAAGAAAUUUACUAUGACGAAGAAACUUAUAAUUUGGGAAGCUUGGUAAACGGAAAUAUAGAAGGUGAAGAAGUGGCAAGCAUCAAUGACAACUAUAUUUUGCUGGAAAAUUAUAAUGGAUUCAAAGAAAACUUAGAAUGACUAAUUUAUUGUUAUUUAAAUAACAUUUUUUAAAUCCUACACUAAGUUUUUUUUAAAUUUUAGCGUUUUCUAGCUAAUUUUUCAAAUAAAUUUCAUUAGUCAAAACAAAUAUUCUCUGUUGUGUUUGUGUUGAUAUUAACUCUAUGUUUAAAACUAUUGUUUAAUUUUAAUAUGAACAUUAAUUAUGACAAAACUAUAUUUAUUAUAUUUGACGCUACAUGCUAUUUAUGUAUUUUAUUAAACAAUAUUUUUACUGCAAUAUUUAUUAAAAAAUAUAUACCUUGAUAAACUUUUAUAUUAAAUA